GCGGAUCCAAAAGGUCGCAGGUUACUUCCAGUCGUCGGGCAAAAAACAACUGUGACCGGAUAUCUUGACCUUUUAAAGAUGAGGCCCAUCUUCAUAUCCGGAUUCUCGGACACUCUGGAUUGGAGGCCCCUGUACUUCGAAGAGUCAUCCGCUGCACACAAUGCAUGCUCCCUGUGUGGCCUGGUGUCGAGAACUGUUCUCAGAUUGCCCUGUGAGCACACGCUCUGCUUGGAAUGUCACGAGGAGUCCCAGAGGCGAGGUAGUACUUGUCCACUGGAUGAAGAACCCUUCGCCGACGAUAACAUUGUUCACCUUGAUAUCUCGGGAGGUUAUAUGCUGAAGCAUACGGUAGCCUGCGGCAAUGCACCCAAUGGUUGCGACUUCAUAGGUCAAGCUUCCAGACUCGUGGAUCACUACAAGCAGUGCUCGUUUCACGUCGUGCCUUGCCUCCGGUGCCAAUCAUCAGUGCUAAGGACUGAGCUCGUGGGUCACUGUAAAGCCGGCUGCAGUUCUGCAUUCACUACACCCGUGCCCAUUCCGUAUUAUAUAAACGUGAAUUAUGAUAAUUUAGAAAUUACAAGCAGUGAACUGAAAAGAGAGAUGUUCAAGAUAUCCGAAAACCUCUAUUGUCUUCAAACCAGCCUCAACCAGUGGCAUGAGGAUGUCCGAACGUUAGAGAGAAAAACAGACAAGAAACUGGAGAACGCAACGCUCAAGAUCUCUGACCAUCUCUCCGGUCUGAACCUCUGUCUGGAAGAGUCCCGGGAAGAUUCGAGGGAAGCAGCCAGAAACACCAAAGAGCAGUUGGUCAGAAUCGAAACUCAAGGGUUUGCUGCGGCAAACAAAGAACUAAAAGUUACCAUUGAAGACACAAUGAAGACGUACAUGGCUCAGGAGUUACGAGCACAAAGCGAAGAACUUAUGAAUGGUGUAUUCAAUUACGUACUUCGAUAUUGCGGACCCAAAAAACUUCACUGGUACUUUAAAGGCUGGGAAGACUUAAAACAGAAGACAUUAGAGACAAGUUUGCUAACUGACAGCCCCUUCCAGUAUGUAUGUGGAUAUAACGUGUGCCUUUGUAUCCAGUUCAAACAAAAAGAGGGGCAGACGUUUUUGGGGUUGUAUAUGCGUAUCCAUCCAGGUGUCAACGAUUCAAAGCUGGAAUGGCCCUUCAACAAGAUUUACACGCUCGGUGUCAUUCAUCCCAAAGACAAAGCGAAAAGAAAGAUUGAUGUAACCGAUGCAAUUAAAUGUUCGGACAACCCGACUUUCCAGGUGCCAAAACAAGGCGGUAAUGUUGGCUGUGGAACAGGGACGUUCAGUACCGUUAACGAGCUCGAAUGCAAAGGGUUUGUUAAUGAGGAUUCACUUCACUUUUUUCUACACGUGGAGCCGUAGUACUUUUUUUCGAUAGAUUAAUAAUUUAAUAUCGAGAGGAGCAAAACAUGUUCUACUGCCUGGAUAAAAAACGCGUACC